AACAGUAGCACCAACAUUAACCACAUGCUACUCUACCAUCAGCACUAUCAUCAACAACAACAAGAACUACAACGCCUGGGCAAUAAUGCUGCUGCUCACAGUUUGAGCCCGAAUGGAGGAAACAACAACAACAACAACUUCAACCAAUCUAAUAACAAUAACUCCAACAACAACAAUACCAACAAUCAUUUGGAUGUAAUACGACAGAACGGAGUCGCUGCUCUGAAUUAUCUUCAACAACAACUGCAGUUGCAGCAACCGCAAUCACAACAACCACUACUAUCACCACCACCGUAUCAGCCACAGCCACAGCCACAGCAACAGCAACAGCUGAAUGGACAAUCAUCCCGUCAACAACAACAGCAAAAGAAUCAACAACCCUCCAGUAGUAGCAGUCUCAACAAUGGUCACAGCAACAACCAGACCAACAGCUACAACAGCGGCAGUAAUGAGAUGCUCCACAGCAGUUACACCAAUAACAGUAGUAGUGGCCUGCCACUGACUAACAAUUACACCAACAGCAGUAAUAGUGGCCUGGCACUCAACAACAGUGGCAGUGGUCUGGCACUCAACAAUAGUUACAGAAACAUAAGUGGGAAUAACCUGGCCCUCAACAACACAAACAGUUACACCAACAACAGUAACAGUGGCCUGUCACUCAACAACACUUACAACAGCAACAAUAGGACGGGUCUGGCACUCAACAACAGCUUCACCAACCACAGUGGGAAUAGUCUGUCACUCAGCAACUUUACCAACAAUAGUAGCAGUAGCAGUGGUCUGGCGCGCCACAGCAGUUCAGGCCACACCAGUAGCUACACCAACAAUCAGAACAAUAGCCGCGCAGGCCCCAACAAUAGCUGCAGCAACAAAAGCAAUGACCUGCCACACAACAACAACAACAAAAACAGCAGUCACAACAAUCAGAGCAAUGUCAGCCAUAGUAGUCGUUCCCCACAGCACGAGUUCAGCUUCAAUAUACCAACCACUGAACAGGAGCUGCAGCAGCAAACACUCAAGCUGCAGCAACUGCACAUCAGCAACAGCUUCCACGCAACAUCAGCAGCAACAAGUGAAGGUGCCACAACAGACACGACAGCGACAACCACAGCCAACCACACAUCAAAUGUUGGCUUCCUCUGGCGUACAGAUAAUAUAUAAAACAAAUGAUAAGCAUAUAUAAUCUAGAACCUAAUAUGGAUCAUCGUAGUACCAGUAUCCAUCGAAACCAUUUAUCCAUUUAUAUAUAUAUAGAUAUAUAGAUACGAAACCCAAAUUUUUAUGUUCUCAAACCCCGAUACCUUUUUUUUGUGUAUGUUCCUCAUUCGAACUUUUAUGUUGUAGUACGUUUUUUUUCUUUUUGUGCUUUUUUUUGGGAAGAAUCUUUUUUUUCUUUUUUGUAACUAGCUGUAAGACAAGACACGUAUACAUAUAUAUAAAAAGAUAAAUUAAUAUAUAUAUAUAUAUAUAUAUAACCUAUAUAUAUAUAUAUAUGUAUGUAUAUAGAUCGAGAGAUCUAGAUCGGAAGGAACGAUCAUUUUUUUUGCUUACACCUAGAGAAAUAACUACGAAAACACACAUUUUUUUGUCACAUAUUUAUAAUAAUGAUAUAUAUAUAUCAAAAGGAAUAUAUACAAGAUUAUAUAUAUAUACAUACAUAUAUACAAAAACACACACAUACACUUAUAUAUCCAAUACUAUAUAGCAUACUUGUAGGCGUGAGGACAUAAGCCCUAUUUUUUUUCUCCGUGUCUGAAACUGAAACUGAUUUUUUUGGCGCAAACAAUGCCGCAACAACGUACACGAAUUUCGUGUAUGUUUAUAGCUGAAGUUAAUCCAGAUACUAUGAUUAUCUUAUAAAUAUUGUUUUUUUUUUUUCAUAAUUUAUAAUCAAAUUUUUUUGUCUAUUCAAUAUAUACCGUAACCAUAAUGGACUGGCAAGGCGGCUGCGCAUGCUCAAGUUUUCAGGCUGUUUAAGAAUAAACGAAAACAAAAAAUACAAGAGAAAUACUUAGCUAGAGAUAGGCUUGAGGUGAACUUUGAGUGGGGAAUCCCACAUGAAAUUACAAAAUACCAAUUUUUUUCAUAGCUAUAGAGAAGAAACGCUUCUUUUUUUUUUUUAAUAACAUAAUAAUAAUCGAUGUGAAAUCCACUUUUUUUUUAGUUUAUUUUAUGAAAAAGCUUGAGCAUGUGGCAGCGAUAACGAAAAACAAGCAUUGUAAGAAGGAAAGCAAAAGAAUGAAUGAAACCACGUGAUAAAGAGUCCGACGAAAAGGAAAAUCAGAAGAGACAGAAAUACAGAGAGAAGAAAUGGAAAAGCAAAUAUAAAGAAAAGCACUCAAAAUCUUAAGCGCCUGUGGGGUGGGGGGGUGAGGAACCUGGUCUAGGCAUAAAAUAUUAACCCAUCCCGCAUUGUUUUGUGUUUUUUUAUUUUCCGUAUUUAGUUGUAAGUUUUUUUUUGAUUUUCGUUUUAUUUUAUUAUGAUCUUUUUUUGGCCAGACAUUCUCUCCCCCGGAAAGCAGAGACAGCAUUCAUAAUUUCUUUCGGUGUAGGUGCAUAAAUUAAUGGAAAAACAGAAACCCAGAAAACUCAGAAACAUGUAUAACGAUACAACUUCAGAAUAUUCGAUUAUACAUAUAUGUUCCGUUCAAACCUAUCACUAUUUGUAUGCAUUAGUUCAUGAAUGUGAAAACUUUUAAUUUGUCGAAACGAAAUUUUAAUUUUUUGAAAUACCAUUUAUUUUCUAGUUGUAUUACACGGUCCCACAUCUGGCUUCGAAAUACAACAAUUACCAACAAAUAAGCAAGAAAAAUUAUCUAAUAAACAUUUUGACCAUCAGAAACA